AUGACGAACGAAACACCGACAAAUGAGGGCCAAUCAGGAGAAGAGGAACCAGUAGAAGAAGUAGAGGUUUUACUUCCAAAUACUACUAUUGUAACACACUGUGUUUUGAAAAACGAUGUUGAAAGACUUGUGCAAUGUUUUGAGAGCGACGAGGACCCAUAUAAAGAGACAGUUGGCGAGCUAAUAAACCAGCGCGAUGAUGAUGGAAAGGCACCGCUCGACAUUGCAGCCACGUUAGACCGUGUAGACAUUGCUAAAGAACUCAUUACGAGAGGAGCUGAUGUUAAUUCUGUGACAACAAAAGGAUAUUGUGCCCUUCAUCAUGCCAGUGCGUGGGGACGUAUUGGUGUACUGAAAGUUCUCAUUGAAGCUCAGGCUGGACUACAGCAUAGGAAUACAAAUAAUGAACGUCCCAGAGAGACUGCUCUACGAUAUAAUCAAACAGAAUGUGUAGAUUACUUAGACUGGGCAGAAGCUAAAGUAGCUCUACAGGAUGCUAUACGUAAUGCCCAGGAGACCAUUGCAGAUCCUGAGAAAGUUCAAGGCAGACUCACUAAAGAUGACAAGAACCUGACUCUGAACACCUGUAAGGAAAAGACUGAAUGGGUUGAUAAUACAGUUGAUGCUACAACACAGGACUUCCUUGUACAGAAACAGGCUUUUGAUGAAAUCCUUGCCCCGAUCUACCAGAAAUUAUCAGAACCAGCCACAGAGAGGCCAGAAAAAAAGUAG